GGCCCAGCUGGGCCUCAUUCCCUCAUGCUUCAGAUAUCCUGGAGCAGACCCCCCAGAGAUAGACAGGCGUGCAGUGGCAUGGAGGGUGCGGCUGGCAGUGGGGCUCCUCUUCCCCUGGGCUGGGCUGUGUCAAACUACAGGGGCUCCAGGACCUGAAGUAGCUUGGAGCAGGCUGAGGAAACUCAGACAAGGGGGUGGGGAGGCCAGCCAAUUGCCAGAGGUUGGAAGGAAGAAAACAGGGACUUUAGGAGGGAGAAGUGGGUGAUUCUGGGCCUGGAAAGGAAGGGUCACUGUGAGCUAGAUAUCAAUGGAGGCUAAGGCUGCAGGAAGUCAGCAGCUAAAGGGGCCAGCGGGGUACCUACGGCGAGCCAGCUUAGCCCAACUGACCCAGGAGCUGGGCACUGCUUUCUUCCAGCGGCAACAGCUACCGGCUGCUAUGGCAGACAGCUUCCUGGAACACCUCUGCCUGCUGGACAUCGAUUCUGAGCCUGUGGCUGCUCGUAGUACCAGCAUCAUUGCCACCAUCGGGCCGGCAUCUCGCUCCGUGGAGCGCCUCAAGGAGAUGAUCAAGGCCGGGAUGAACAUCGCACGACUCAACUUCUCCCACGGCUCCCACGAGUACCACGCUGAGUCCAUCGCCAACAUCCGGGAGGCGGUGGAGAGCUUUGCAGGUUCCCCGCUCAUCUACCGACCCGUGGCCAUCGCUCUGGACACCAAGGGACCGGAGAUACGCACUGGGAUCCCGCAGGGGGGCCCGACGUCGGAAGUGGAGCUAGUGAAGGGCUCCCGCGUGCUGGUGACGGUGGACCCGGCGUUCCAGAAGCUGGGGAACGCGACCACCGUGUGGGUGGACUACCCCAAUAUCAUCCGAGUCGUGCCGGUGGGGGGCCGCAUCUACAUUGACGAUGGACUGAUCUCCCUAGUGGUCACGAAAAUCGGUCCAGAGGGCCUGGAGACCCAAGUGGAGAGCGGCGGUGUCCUGGGCAGCAGGAAGGGCGUGAAUUUGCCGGGCACCCAGGUGGACCUGCCUGGGCUGUCUGAGCAAGAUAUCCAGGACCUGCAAUUUGGGGUGGAGCAUGGCGUGGACAUCAUCUUUGCCUCCUUUGUGCGGAAAGCCAGCGACGUGGCUGCCGUCAGGGCUGCUCUGGGGCCAGAAGGACAGGGCAUCAAGAUCAUUAGCAAAAUCGAGAACCAUGAAGGCGUGAAGAAGUUUGAUGAAAUCCUGGAGGUGAGCGACGGCAUCAUGGUGGCACGAGGUGACCUGGGCAUUGAAAUCCCAGCCGAGAAGGUUUUCCUGGCUCAGAAGAUGAUGAUCGGCCGUUGCAACUUGGCGGGCAAGCCAGUCGUCUGUGCUACACAGAUGCUGGAGAGCAUGAUCACCAAGCCCCGACCAACCCGGGCAGAGACGAGUGAUGUGGCCAACGCCGUGCUGGAUGGGGCAGACUGCAUCAUGCUGUCAGGGGAGACUGCCAAGGGUCACUUUCCUGUGGAGGCUGUAAAGAUGCAGCAUGCGAUUGCCCGGGAGGCAGAGGCUGCAGUGUACCACCGGCAACUCUUUGAGGAGCUGCGCCGGGCAGCACCACUGAGCCGGGAUCCCACUGAAGUCACCGCUAUCGGUGCUGUGGAGGCUUCCUUCAAGUGCUGUGCUGCUGCCAUCAUUGUGUUGACCAAAACUGGCCGCUCAGCCCAGCUGCUGUCUCGGUACCGACCUCGGGCAGCAGUCAUUGCUGUCACCCGCUCUGCCCAGGCUGCCCGCCAGGCCCACCUCUGCCGAGGAGUCUUCCCUGUGCUCUACCGUGAACCUCCAGAGGACAUCUGGGCAGACGAUGUGGAUCGCCGGGUCCAAUUUGGCAUCGAAAGCGGAAAACUCCGUGGCUUCCUCCGUUUGGGGGACCUGGUGAUUGUGGUGACAGGCUGGCGCCCCGGCUCCGGCUAUACCAACAUCAUGCGGGUGCUGAGCAUAACCUGAGGUGCCCCUCCCCCUUGGACCAAGCCAGCCCUGGACCCGCCCCCCUCUCUGCUCCCUCCUACAGCCCCCUGUCUAAGUCUUCUCUACUCUCAGUCCUCACUACCCCAGGCCACGUCGGCAUUUAGCCCCUUCUGGGUGCCCCCUCCCCUCCAUUUCACACAGGCCUUGAAAGUCUGUAUCCAAUUAAGCACUGGCCAUCUGACAGCACCAAUCGUACAUUCUCUGCAUCCAAUGCUCUCAACUGGUCCCUAAGAUGCUCUGCGCCUUUAAUCCCAGCUUAACUGGUUAAUUCUAUUCCAACAGACUUCCCACCCCUGGAGGCUGGGGAGAAGGGAACAGGGCAAUUGUGUCCACAAUCUCCACAAAAUUUUUUUUUUUUUUUUUUUUUUUUUUGUCUUUUCUAGAGCCACACCCGUGGCACAUGGAGGUUCCCAGGCUAGGGGUCGAAUCGGUGCUAUAGCCGCCGGCCUAUGCCAGAGCCACAGCAACACGGGAUCCGAGCUGCGUAUGCAACCUAUACCACAGCUCAUGGCCACAUCAGAUCCUUAACCCACUGAGCAAAGCCAGGGAUCGAACCCACAAUGUCAUGGUUCCUAGUCAGAUUCGUUAACCACUGAGCCAUGAUGGGAACUCCCAAAAAUCUUUAUUUUAAAAAAUAUUUCAUAUCCACGCAGUUUGAUGUUCUCAAACAUGGCCUUCUUGAUAUCUGGGCAUUUCUCAAGGAGCGUGCCCCCACUUUCUUCAUCAUGACUGUCAGUGUUAGUACCACAUUUUUGGGCUAGCUAGGGCAGAUGGAAGCCAGGGAGCCCUAAGAGCCAGGUGGGCUCAUCCUGUCACUGUCUUUAUCACAUUCAGGCUUGCAGGCUACUCCCUGGCUGCCCUCAUACCCACCUCAUGCCUUGCUGGGCCUCCGCCUGCCCCCUAAAAUGCCCACUUUAUGCCCAUUCAUGAACCAGGAGCCAAAACAAGUGUCUCUAUUUUCUUUUUAAACCCAGCUUUUGGAAGCAAUAUAAAACUCCCACACCCACCCAGAACCCCAGAACUCCCCACCCAAGAGAAAAGGAGAUUUGGGGUCCUGGUCCCACAUUCUUUGAUGCUGCAGAGUAGGCACGGGGACAGAGGGGUGGGGUUAGGGAUUUCUCUUAUCCCUGAGAAGGCAGAGGCACUGGCUAGCCUACCCUUCCCCAGGCUUGGAUACCUCAGGCCCUCCCCUUGCUUCUGCACCUUCAGCAAACUCAGUAGGAAGAAAAAAAACCCUAAAAAUAAAAACAGUCCUCCUCCUCUCAGGUGGCCCUUCCUACCCCUACCUAGAUAGGGAGAGGAUUCAAGUAUUGCUGCUGAUGAGAGUUGGGCAAGGACCACAAGAGCUGGCAUGGAGGGGCCCUGCCCAUUCCUGCCUCCCUACCAGGAGGGGAGGGCUGGAUCAAGAAAUGGGUGAAUAAAACGAAUUGAUAAUAAAUAAAAUUAACAAGUAAAUUAAUAAA